AUGGGCAGCACCAUGGAGCCCCCGGGGGGUGCAUACCUGCACUUGGGCGCUGUGACCUCCCCGGUAGGUACAGCCCGAGUGCUGCAGCUGGCCUUCGGCUGUACUACCUUCAGUUUGGUUGCUCACCGAGGUGGUUUUGGGGGUGUCCAGGGCACUUUCUGCAUGGCUGCUUGGGGCUUCUGUUUUGCCUUCUCCGUCCUGGUGGUAGCCUGUGAGUUCACGAAGCUCCACAGCUGCCUGCGCCUUUCCUGGGGCAACUUCACGGCAGCCUUUGCGAUGUUGGCGACUCUGCUGUGCGCCACGGCCGCGGUCAUCUACCCUUUGUACUUCACCCGGCUGGAGUGCCCACCGGAGCCUGCCGGAUGCAUGGCCAGAAACUUCCGCCUGGCAGCCAGCGUCUUCGCAGGACUCCUCUUCCUGGCCUAUGCUGCUGAAGUGGCCCUGACGCGGGCACGGCCAGGUCAGGUAGCCAGCUACAUGGCUACCGUGUCCGGACUCCUUAAGAUCGUCCAGGCCUUUGUAGCGUGCAUCAUCUUUGGGGCACUUGUUCAUGACAGUCGCUAUGAGCGCUACGUGGCCACACAGUGGUGCGUGGCUGUCUACAGCCUGUGCUUCAUGGCCACGGUGGCUGUGGUGGCCCUGAGUGUGAUGGGACAUACAGGGGGCCUGGGAUGCCCAUUUGACCGCCUCGUGGUCGUGUACACCUUCCUGGCCGUGCUCCUGUACCUCAGUGCCGCUGUCAUCUGGCCCGUCUUCUGUUUUGACCCCAAGUACGGAGAGCCAGGACGGCCCCCCGACUGCCUCCGAGGCAGCUGCCCCUGGGACAGCCAGCUAGUGGUAGCUAUUUUCACCUACGUCAACCUGCUCCUUUAUAUCGUCGACCUCGCCUACUCCCAGAGGAUCCGUUUUGUGCCUGCCUUGUAG